GGUUCAACUUGUCGCGAAUCUUGCAAUGAAGCUGAUUCUUAUAUUUUCGCUAAUCGCUACAGUCUUUGUUUUAUUUCUUAUUUUAUUUUUAUUUCUCUUAACGGGCAACAGUGUUGGCCCUAAGAAUGCAGCGUGCCACUUGCCACAUUCGGUAGAUGGAUACAAAGAUGGAACAGUCUGUGGGAGAAUGCGAGAAAACUGGUCCUACGAUUCGGUGACCAAAACAUGUAUUAUGUUCAUUUACGGAGGCUGCGGUGGCAAUGAUAAUAAUUUCAACACGUUUAAGGAAUGUAAAGACACGUGCCUAAGCUGAACGGCUGAUACUUUUCUAAUAUAUUAAAAUCUAGCAAUAAAGUAAAAUAAGCAUUGAGAACACA